AUGUCCGGUCGUCGUCAUCAACUCGGCCGCGGCGGCAAGGCCAUCUUUGGCCAGAAUGCCCAGGCCAUGAGCUCGAGGCCCGAAUUUUACACUUUCAUAAGGCACAUUCUCUCUGAUACGGCCGGUACAACCAUUGGAACGUCACCCUAUAGCGACUCGCUGAAGCGUCGCCGCAAGGGCGCCGCCUCGGCACUCAACAAGCCUUCGGUGCAGACGUACGUUUCGCACCUUGACGUCGAGACCCGCGAUUUUAUCAAGGAGCUGUACACCUAUGGAGAGGCCGGAACAGCCCCGACCGACCCAAUGCCCAUGAUCCAGCGCCUGUCCCUCUCCCGCGCCUGA